GGGUACGCUAUCACGUGGUGUUUAUGUCAUGUGACUUUAAGUCAGAACAAAAUGGCGGAUGUUUACUGUUUCUCAGUGUUUUCCCUACUUUCAGUUUGUUCGAUGCGAGUCAUUUCAGCGGAUUACCCAUUCCGAAACACGUCUCUGUCCUAUGACGAACGAGUAAGAGAUUUGGUUAAUAGACUUAAUGUAUCUGAACUCAUACUUCAAAUGUCGAAGGGCGGAGGAGGGAAUCUCGGUGGACCGGCACCACCGAUCCCCCGACUGGGUAUUGGCCCUUUCCAGUGGGAUAGCGAGUGUCUGAGGGGGGAUGUGGGCGCAGGCAAUGCGACAUCGUUCCCGCAGUCAAUUGGACUGGCGGCUUCUUUUAAUCCAGAGCUACUUUAUGAAGUGUCUGAGGCCACUGCUGUAGAAGUACGAGCUAAGUACAACAGUUUCCGUAGAAACAACCAUUACACUGAUCACACUGGUCUCAACUGCUUCAGUCCUGUCAUCAAUAUCAUGAGACACCCUCUGUGGGGACGAAAUCAAGAAACAUAUGGUGAGGACCCUUACCUGUCUGGCUUGCUUGCCCAGGCUUUUGUCCACGGUCUACAGGGCCAACAUUCCAAGUACAGACAUGCCAAUGUUGUUUGUAAACACUUUGCAGCAUACAGUGGGCCAGAGAAUCGGCCAAUCUCACGUCUUCGCUUCGAUGCUGAGGUAAAGGAGCGUGACCUUCGGCUGACCUUUCUGCCCCAGUUUGAGGCCUGUGUGAAGGCUGGGGCUGGGGGCAUCAUGUGCAGCUACAACAGCGUUAAUGGUGUACCAUCCUGCACCAAUAAGAAGCUGUUGACGGACAUUUUGAGGAAGGAGUGGGGAUUUGAGGGGUUUGUGGUCAGUGAUGCGGGAGCUGUGCAGUUCAUCAUGCUUGAUCACAUGUAUUACCCUGAUGCCAUGACUACUGCUGUAGGAUGUGCUGAAGCUGGUCUCAACCUGGAACUCUCUCCAAGUGGAUUUAUCUACAGGACACAAAUCUUCAGUUAUCUUUUCAAGGCUCUAAAGAUGGGCUUGAUUACCAAGCAGCUGCUGGUUGACAGGGUUAAACCGUUAUUUAUGACCAGAAUGAGGCUGGGAGAGUUUGAUCCACCUGCAAUGAACCCUGACAAUAAACUUAACCUGUCUGUCAUCCAAAGCCCGGAACACAGAGAAUUGGCCAUUAAGGCGGCUACGCAGUCUUUUGUUUUAUUGAAAAACACCAAGGGUUUCCUACCAAUCAGAACACAGCUAACAACGAUAGCAAUUGUAGGUCCUAUGGCUGACAACCCAUCACAAUUGAUGGGUGACUAUUCUCCUGACGUAGAUCCAAGGUUUAUGACAACACCAAGACGUGGCUUAUCUCCCCUUGCUGUGAAAUCUUUGUAUAUAGCAGGUUGUAAUGACAUUGCCUGUGACAGAUAUGACCAGUCAGGGGUCAAGGCCACAGUUUCUGAGGCAGAAGUUACAAUUGUUUGUCUGGGAACAGGAAAAGCAUUGGAGACCGAGACAAUGGACCGUCCUGACAUGUCGCUACCUAUCGGCCAGAUCCAGCUUCUCAAGGAUGCUGUACACUAUGGAAGAGGGAAGGUGGUGCUGCUGCUGUUCAGUGCUGGGCCGGUCGACGUGCGAUUCGCCCAGACAUCUCCAGAGGUAGUGGCCAUCAUACAAUGCUUCUUCCCAGCCCAGGCAACAGGUAUUGCUCUCUACAAUGUCCUCACCUUCGCCACACCAGACAGUAAUCCCUCAGGCAGGCUGCCAUAUACUUGGUACUCAGAUAUGAGCCAGGUUGCCUCCAUGACAGACUACAGUAUGACCAAUAUGACAUACAGGUAUUUCUCUGGGAACCCGCUGUAUCCCUAUGGCUAUGGCCUGUCCUACACAGUCUUCAAAUACAGCCAGCUGAUUAUCUCACCAGUCAAGGUCAAGGUCGGGAGGAAUGUCACAGUAACAUUCAAUGUCACCAACACUGGGAAAUACGAAGGAGCAGAGGUUUCCCAGGUAUACAUAUCGUGGCAGAGUGGGACUGACAUGCCUCAGCACCAGCUAGUGGGGACUAGAAGGCCGCACUUGAUUCCAGGCCAGACUACACCCUGUAGUGUCACUAUCAUUGCCCAGCAAACAGCAGUGUGGGAUGGGAGAGGCCUAGUAGAUAAACCAGGUGUUAUAACUGUUAACGUCGGUGGUCAGCUGCCAGGACAAAAGACAAUGGUGCCGUCCAACAUUCUAACAGGACACUUUACAGUAUACAGCUGAUGAUGUCAUACUGGGUUAAAAUGACACAGUAUACAGCUGAGGAUGUCAUACUGGGUUAUUGUGACAUGGUAUACAGCUGAGGAUGUCAUACUGGGUUAUAAUGACACCGUAUACAGCUAAGGUUGUCAUACUGGGCUAUAAUGACACAGUAUACAGCUAAGGUUGUCAUACUGGCUUAUUGUGACAUGGUAUAUAGCUGAGGAUGUCA